GACCCAGGGACUCCCGACUCCUGCAGUAGCUGCCAUCUCCAGAGGCGUAUGGGGCACCGUCCUACCCAGCUCUAAGAUGCUCCUGGCUUCUCCCUCCACGCCAUCUAGGGGACGGACCCCCAGCGCCGUGGAGAGGCUGGAGGCCGACAAAGCCAAGUAUGUCAAGACGCACCAGGUGAUCGCGCGACGACAGGAGCCAGCGCUGCGCGGGACACCCGGACCCCUCACUCCGCACCCCUGCAAUGAGCUGGGGCCCCCUGAAUCACCCAGGACGCCCAGGUCCGCCCGCCGGGGUAGCGGCAGGCGAUUGCCUCGGCCCGACUCCCUGGUCUUCUACCGCCAGAAGCGGGAGUGCAAGGCUUCCGUGAACAAAGAGAAUGCCAAGGGCCAGGGCCUGGUGCGGCGCCUCUUCCUGGGCUCCCCGCGAGACACCGCCUCCAACAGCCCGGGCCCGGCCGAGCGAGCCACGGCCCCAGGGAGCUGGGCGGCGCCCCAAGACACCCCGGAAGCGACGGGAAAGCGGGCGCUGUGCCCCACGUGCUCGCUGCCCCUGUCGGAGAAGGAGCGCUUCUUCAACUACUGCGGCCUGGAGCGCGCGCUGGUGGAGGUGCUGGGCGCCGAGCGCUUCUCUCCGCAGAGCUGGGGCGCAGACGCCAGAGCCCGGCCCGGGGCAUCGCCGCCAGCCGGCUCUCGGGACGCCAGCGACUGGACGUCCAGCGAGGGCAGCGCGGGCCGCCCAGAUGGCCCGGACUGCCCGGACGGCGGCGGCGGCGGCGGCGGCGGCUCGGAGGCGGAGGGCUCCGCGCGGGACGCGCGCCCCGCGGUAUCGGUGGUGGAGCGCAACGCGCGCGUCAUCCAGUGGCUGUAUGGCUGCCGGCGCGCCCGCGCCCCCCCGCGGGAGUCGGAGGUGUGACAGCCGCUCGGGAGCUGCUGCGGAGAGGCGAGGGGGACCCCAGGGCUGGGCCCGGGAACGCGCUGGACGCAAUGCUCUAGCGCGCAGGGUACCUCCACGCCCAGCCCCCGGAUCUAGGCUUUCUGGGUAAGCCACAGACAUGCGGGACACAAUGACUCCCGAAGACCUUUCUCGGCGCAAACCUGGGGCGGGAGGUGGCGGCGUAGCCCCUGUGGAGGCCGGGCUGUGGAGCGAACGCCGGGGUGGGAGGUGAGAAAAACUGCUGAAUAAAAUCAAACCGUUAUUGAA